GCGGGGCGGGGAGCGGAGCGCGGGGGGAGAUAAGCGGCGCCGAGCGGCCGGGCGGCGCUGGAUGGAGGCUCCCGCCCGCCGGGACGCCCGCCCCAGCCUGGAAUGUCCUGGCGAGCCGCCGCCGAGCGGCACCGGCACCAGGACCGGGACCAGGGAGGGGGCGCGGCGGAGAGUUGUUUCCGUGCCUCGUCUUAGUCUGGAGCUUUGGGCUUUCAAUUUGGAUAAUCUGGCGCUAUGCAUCCAGCCCCUGGGCGCUUCCAGGCACUGCUCCUCAUCGCUGCCACCAGCCUUGUCACUGUCACCAGCACAGAUCUAACUCCCCGUUUUAUUUCUGAGCCCUCAUCUACUGUCCAGAAGCCUGGUGAGCCCGUCCAGCUCCGCUGCUCUGCCGAGCCCUCCUCAGCUCACAUUUCCUGGCUGUUCAAUGGGGAGCCUCUGAAGAGCAGGGUGGGAGAGGUGGAGAUGCAGGCAGGAUCUUUGACAAUCGUGUCCCUGAGCCCAGCAAGGUGUGGGCGCUACCAGUGCGUGGCGAGCAGCGGCGUGGGCGCCGUGCUGAGCCGGCCGGCCUCCGUGUCCAUGGCCAGUUUAGGUGACUUUGAUGCCUUGGGGACGGCUGUUGUUGAAGCAGAGGAAGGAGGCACAGCUCUCAUCAGGUGCCAGGUGCCAGAAAGUCACCCCAAAGCACAGGUUCGCUUCCAAGUGCGGGGGAAGUGGCUGGAACAAUCAACAGACAACUACCUAAUUCUUCCAUCUGGAAACCUGCAAAUUUUGAAUGUAUCUUUAGAAGACAAAGGGUCCUACAGGUGUGCAGCAUACAACCCAGUUACUCACGACCUCAGAGUAGAACUCACUGCACGGAAGCUCACAGUCACACGCCCUUCUUCAGGUGGCUCCCACAUCCUUCACCCGCUGGCUGCCCAGAGCCUGGCAGUGCCCCAGCACAGCGCCCUGACCCUGGAGUGUGUGGUCAGCGGGGCAGCUCCAGCCCCCACGCGCUGGGUGAAGGACGGCCGGGACGCGCUGAGGACGGGCAGGUGGAGGCUGCUGCACUCCCACCUGGUCACCGACAGGCUGGAGCCAUCUGAUGCUGGGAAUUACUCCUGCCUGCUGGGAAGUGACUCUGGAGCAGUGAAAUAUGUUAACUAUUCGCUUACUGUACUUGAGCCUGCCUCGCUCUCCAGGGGGCUGCAGGACCAGACCGUGGCCGCGGGGGCGAGCGUCCAUUUGUGGUGCGAGGCCGGGGGCAGCCCCGCUCCCACCCUCACCUGGCUGCACAACGCGGCUCCUCUCGGGCCCUCCCCGCGGCACCUCCUCACAGGAAACCACCUGAGCAUCUGCGGGGUCACCCUGGCGGACUCUGGCGUGUACCAGUGUGUGGGAAACAAUGGGAUUGGGUUUGUGCAGUCCACGGGGAGGCUCCGGGUCCAGCCAGACAAAGACUCCGUCCCCAUCAUCAUCUCCUCCCCAGCCAACACCACCGUGGUGGCCGGUGGGGAUGUGACCCUGUCCUGCAACGCCACGGGCCUGCCCGCUCCUGUGAUCCGCUGGUACGACAGCAGAGGCCUCGAGAUCAGCCAGGGGCUCCCCGCUGGAGCACAGAGCCCUCCCCCAGCAGGGCCUGAGCCCCGGUGCCCCUCGGUGCCCCGGGCGGGCUGGGGCUCCCUGCGCCUGCGGAACGUCAGCGCUGAGCGCGCCGGGCGGCUCCGCUGCGAGGCCAGCAACGAGCACGGCUCUGCCCUGGCCACUGCCUUCCUCACUGUCGUUCCUUCAGCAGCUGGCACGGGAGCAGGAGAAACAGCUCCUCUGGAGCUUGCCCAGAGCGACGAGAGCGGCGGCGAUUUUGGUGCAGAAGUGGCAUUUUCAAGCUCGCCUCCGACAAAAUCUGCUGUGGACGGGGCCGCCAUGGAGAAGGCGUCGAACGCCGCGGCGCCGCCCGAGGCUCCCAUCAUCCUGAGCCCCCCUCAGACGCCCAAGCCCGACUCGUACAGCCUGGUGUGGCGGCCGGGCCGCGCCGGGGGCCUGCCCAUCAACGCCUACUUUGUCAAAUACCGCAAGCUGGAGGACGGCGUGAGCGCGGCGGGCGGCUGGCACACGGUGCGGGUGCCCGGCAGCGAGCACGAGCUGCGCCUGACCGAGCUGGAGCCCUCCAGCCUGUACGAGGUGCUGAUGGUGGCCAGGAGCGCCGCGGGCGAGGGCCAGCCGGCCAUGCUGACGUUCCGCACCAGCAAGGAAAGAACAUCAUCCUCGAAGAACACGCAGCCUCCAUCUCCACCUGCAGGAAUCCCCAAGCAUCCCAUUGUUCAUGAAGGCACAAAUAAUAACUUUGGUGUCAUCCUCCCGGACCUGUCUCGCCACAGUGGAGUUCCAGAAGCUCCUGACCGACCCACGAUAUCCACGGCCUCGGAAUCGUCCGUCUACGUCACGUGGAUCCCCCGUGCCAACGGGGGCUCCCCCAUCACAGCCUUCAAGGUGGAGUACAAACGUCUGGGGCGCAACAGCGACUGGCUCGUCGCAGCUGGCAACAUCUCUCCCUCCAAGCUGUCUGUGGAAGUUAGGAACUUGGAGCCAGGAGAAAUGUACCGGUUCCGCGUGAUCGCGGUGAACACGUACGGGGAGAGCCCGCGCAGCGCGGCGUCGCGGCCCUACCAGGUGGCCGGCUUCAGCGGGCGCUUCUCCAGCCGGCCCAUCGCCGGCCCGCACAUCGCCUACACCGAGGCCAUCAGCGACACCCAGAUCAUGCUCAAGUGGACGUACAUCACAUCGAGCAACAACAACACGCCCAUCCAGGGAUUUUACAUCUAUUACCGGCCCACGGACAGCGACAACGACAGCGACUACAAGCGCGACAUCGUGGACGGUACAAAGCAGUGGCACCUGAUAAAUCACCUGCAGCCUGAAACUUCUUAUGACAUUAAGAUGCAGUGCUACAACGAGGGAGGGGAGAGCGAGUACAGCAACGUGAUGAUCUGCGAGACCAAAGUGAAACGCACGCCGGGAGCGUCUGAGUACCCGGUGAGAGAGACCGAGCACGCGCCCGCCACGGCCCCCUGCAGCGAAUACGACCCUCCAGGCUACCUGUACCAAGGGGCAGAUAUCAGUGGGCAGAUGAUUGAGUACACGACCUUGCCCGGGACCAGCCGGGUCAGCGGCAGCAUCCACGGCAGCUUCCUCAGCAACGGCCUCAGCAACGGCUGCCCCCACCUCCACCACAAAGUCACCAACGGGGUCAAUGGCAUCGUGGCUGCAGGAGGAGCAGGACUGUACCCAGGGCACACCAGCUCCCUGUCCAGAACACACAGAAUGGACUAUGAGCAUCCCCAUCACCUUGUGAAUGGUGGAGGGAUGUACACGGCAGUGCCACAGGCUGACCCCGCGGAGUGCAUCAGCUGCCGGAAUUGUCGGAACAAUAACAGGUGUUUCACCAAAACCAACGGCACUUUCGGCAGCAGCACGCUGCCCGUGGUGCCCCUGGGAGCCCCUUUCCAGCAGGAGGGCGUGGAGAUGAAGCCCCUGAGCCCCCAUGUGAUGGUGGCCAUGUGCCUGGCCCCGGGCGGCCCCGAGUGCAGCGCCGGGCUGGAGCUGGAGCAGGAGCAGGAGCAGGAGGAGAGCGCGGAGCAGCCCCCGGCGCAGCGUCCCUGCUGCCGGGAGCGCAUCGGCCAGCGGCUCUCCGUGGAUUGCAUGGACGGCAGCAGCUUCCUGCACUCGGAAACGUCGAACCACAUUUUGAGUUGGAGUCCCCUCAUUCUUCAGCCUCUUUCCAAGGACUGUAAGGAAAAACCAGGAUGGAGUUCAUCCGGAGUCACCCUAAAUGGUUCUGGGGACCUUUGUCAGCUCCAGCUGCAGGAAACCUGAGGCAGUGACCGUGUCCCCACUCAAGGCCAGGAACUGCACCGCUGAAAGGGAGUCACGGGGGGAUGUUAAUUAUAACAGAGAGAGUCACUAUUUAUUUUUUGUAGUAGUGUCAUAUGAAUGUAUCUUGGUUUCAAAAUGGUUGCCUUUUUAUAUUAUUUAUGCCUUGAAAUCC